GCCUCUCUGACGUCCGGACGCAGCGCCUAGCAACCGCGCAGGCUCGGGCCGAGUCCGUUAUGGCCGCCGCUGCCCUGGGGAGGAUGAGCGGGGCCGCGCGAGCGAAGCCGCUUCCCGUGCCGGGCGCCGGGGACCGCGGAGGGCUGGUGCGGGCGCUGCUGCUGGCGCUGCUGCUGACUGCACCUGUGUUGUGCUAUGCUGAUCCGGACGAUACUGCAUAUAACCCAGAUACUUCUCCUCCAACUAUGAAUGAAGUGACCUCUAGAAACUACACCAAACUUGUUUCCCAGAUGAGCACGACUCUCCCUCCCCCAGCCAGUACAGGGAAGAGUGGAGGGGCAUCUGCAGCCCCCACGCCCUCUGCCACUCCUUCUGUGUCCGAGGAGGAUGCCGAGGGCAACGAGGACCCCAGCAUAGAGGAGGAGGAUCUUCUCACACUCAACAGCUCUCCUCCCCCAGCCAAAGACGCUCUGGACAAUGUAGAUUACGGAGAAGCAGACUACGACUGGACUACCAACCCCAGGGAUGAGGAGCCCGAGGAGGCUUUGGAAGAUAACGGGGGCUACGUGGGCAUUGAGGAGUCAGUGAAAACUCUGAAGCUGCCGUCCUCAGACAGGGAGGAAGAUAGUCAUUUCUUUCUCCAUCUUCUUGUCUUCGCUUUCUGCAUAGCUGCUGUUUAUGUUACGUACCACAACAAAAGGAAGAUUUUCCUCCUAGUUCAAAGCAGGAAGUGGCGUGAUGGCUUGUGUUCUAAAACGGUGGAGUACCAUCGUCUAGACCAGAACGUGAACGAGGCCAUGCCUUCCCUGAAGAUCACCAAUGAUUAUAUUUUCUAAAGCACUGUGGUUUGAGUUUGCUUAUUAAGUAAUUUUGUUUGCUUGACUUUAUAUGAUAGCGUGCAGAUGUCUUCCACAGGCAACUGGUACUUAAGUGAGAGGUGGCUCUCUCUUUUGCCUUGGUGCUUUGGGAACUAAAUGUCACAUACAAGGAGUAUAUAAUUUUUUAUCUAUACUUUAGAGCUGAAUUCAAUCAGGUGUCUGGAAUGUGCGUUAAACAUUACUUAUAUUUAUGUUUAGUGUUUUACUAUUUUCCAUUUGUUGUUCUGGAAGUAGUGCUACUUUUAAGAGAUGCUGAACCUGUAAUUAAAUCUAGCAAACCUAGCCCCAUCCACAUUUACUCUGUCGUCCAUACUGGCUUUCUCUCUUUAUUUUAUUGUGUAAGCUUUUGUUGUUUCUUGGAGACAGGGUCUCACUGUGUAGCCCUGGCUGGCUUGGAACUCCAUGUAGACCAGGCUGACCUUGAACUCACAGAGAUCUGCUUGCCUCUGCCAGCUGGAAUGCUGGGAUUAAAGGUGUGCAACACUAUGCCAGGCUGGCCUCAAACUCUUGAUCCUCUUGCCUCAGCCUCCCAAGUGCUGGCAUCACAGGUGUGCUCCACCUCACCAGUUCCAAAUAUUAUAUAUUAACACAAAUUUAUUUUCUUAUGGUCCCAAAUUUUAAUGUACAAGGAUAUUGUGAUAAUGCUUUGUAUUAAAGUAACAUUUUUUUUUUCCUCUCUCAAAACUGCUGUGAGGGGAGGUGAGAUGGGUCAGCAGAGGAUACCUGCUACCCAGCCUGGCAGCCUGAGCUCGAUCCUUGGGACUGCAUGGUGGAAGGAGAGAGCUGACUCCUGUAGGUUAUCCUCUGACCUCCACACGCAUGCCGUGUCAUGAGUGUGCCUCCAUACGUACGUAUCCGUUCGUGUGUGCACACACGCAGAGUAAAUGUAAUAAGGGGAAACCUGCUCUGGGGUAGACGGUUAGAACGCUGUGAGCCAGCGUGCUGCUGCUUAGUCCAGUCACGUGUCAGUGUGUCCAGAGGUCCUGGUAAAAGAGACUGCAGUUUGCAGUGAACACAGAUGAGGUUUUAGGUACCGUUUUUGGGUUGAAUUACUGAAUUAAAUUUAGAGUAGAAACUGGUAAAGUAUGAACAGUUAUUUUUAGUUAGCGAUCAGUUGUAGCACAAGUUCCAAAGUUUCAAAGAGCAAUUUAAAAUUUAUAGCAGAUUUUCUUUUCAGUCUGUUUCUUACUACACAGUGAAUCUGAUUUAGAGGCCAUUUUCACUUAGUCAUGCUGUAUUUCGGUCUUUCAAAUUAAAAGAAUAAUCUGAAUAAAAUUUGCAAACAGAAGACACGUGGAAUGACCUUCCUGCUGUCACGCCUUUUCAGCAACUGGAAAUGGUACUGUGUAUCAUGUUGGCUUGUUCUGUGUCAUAAAGAGUCUACAAGAAUGUGACUACGUCAUCUGAACUGUGCUUGACUUGCCAGCGUCACUGUAACUCUGGAGAGCCUGGGCAAGCCAGUGGCUGCUGCUCCAGGUCUGUGGGGGAAGCAGCGCUGUGGCCUGCCUCUUGGGGACAGCCGACUGAAGGGAGGCCACGCAGGGCAGUACACCUGAACUGUUUUAUUGCAGUAAUUUUUUUUUCAUAUCUGAAAUUGUAUUAUUUAAUAUUUUGAAUAAGAUUUAAGAAAUAAAUGGUAAAGAUAUACAGCCAUA